AUGUCGCACACAUUGAGCAGCAAGUUCGUGGUAGCCUUGGUCAUGGAAGUAGCCUACGGGCAUACCGUUCGGUCGUCCGAUGACAAUUAUGUGCAGAUUGUUCGGCAGGCGAGCACCGCAGUAUCAGAUGUCGGAAGCCCGGCCGCAAAGUUAGUGGACUUCUUCCCUGCGUUGAAGUUCCUGCCUUCCUGGAUGCCUGGUGGUAGCUUCCAAAAGGAGGCAGCUAGGGUGCGUAUUUUAGUACGAAAGCUGCUGGACAUGCCAUAUGAUAUGGUGAAGAGUGCGUUGGCCGCUGGUACUGCGGUACCAUCCCUCACAUCGUCUCUACUGGAGCAGGCAAUCACUGAGGGAAAACUUACGGAUGAAGAAGAAGAGGAUAUCAAGGGUACCGCAGGUGUCUUGUUCGGAGCGGGAACUGACACGACAGUUACCACGCUCUCUGUGUUCUUUUUGACUAUGGUGCUUCACCCAGAAGUCUACAAGAAGGUGCAAGAAGAAAUGGACCGGGUAGUCGGACACAGUCGUCUUCCGGACUUCGAUGAUCGCGACUCUUUGCCAUAUCUAGAAUGUGUUCUGAAAGAGGUCUAUCGGUGGAAUGUUCCAGUUCCUCUCGGUGUUCCCCAUCAGCUAAUGCAGGACGAUGAAUACUGUGGAUAUCACAUCCCAGGGGACACGAUGGUUUUCCCGAAUAUAUGGGCGAUGUCACAAGAUCCAAAAUUCUACCCAGAUCCUGAGAGGUUCCGUCCGGAACGGUUUGAGGAAAUGGACGCGAAUACGGCGGAGUUAAGAGACCCGUGGCAUAUCGUCUUUGGAUUUGGUCGACGAAUCUGUCCUGGCCGUCGAUUCGCGGAUGAGGCAAUAUGGAUUGCCAUAGCCAACAUCGUAGCAACCCUAAACAUUUGUAAGGCUCGAGAUGCCCACGGCGAAGACGUUACGCCUCCACUGGCCUUCAGUGGUGAAUUCACCAAGUAUGUGACGCUCAUACUCCUAGUGCGGGUACUGAUCUAA